CGCGCGGGCUCUGUUUGGUUUGGGUUUGGGCUUGGCAUGGUAUGGUCCCGUGGGUCCGUGGUCCUGCGCCGUUCCGCCGCUAUCCCCCUGCCCCCUUCACUUUCCGCUCUUUCGCUUAAAUUAGUAGGUUGGCGACGCUUUUUCCAGCAGUUAACUGCAUCGAGCUUGUCACCACCACAUUCCCUCCGUCCCCUCCUUCUAUUUUAUUAGGAUCUGCGUUGCGAUGUCAUUUUGGUUUUUUGAUUUUCCUGCCUCGGACCACCGUGCUCUCGCUUACUAGGGGUUCCCUCUCUCUCCCUCUCUCUCUCCUUUUGUGGCCUGCCUGCCUUGUCUCAUGUCGGUCGAUUGUCGGUGACGGUAAUUCCUACGUCCCCUUUCCCCCUUCUUCUCUGAGCGUUCGUGUCGUCUUCGGUCAGGUGGUUUGUCGAAGAGGGAGUGCAGGUUGUGUUUGGAGUUUGGCUGAUCGAGAAGGGCAUGUUGAUAGUAGGAAGGUGAGUGAUCAGUGUGUGGUUGAUCGUAGGGCGAGGAUGAGUUUCGGUGUCGCUGUCGUGGUUUCAGCAUGCGGGAGUGUAGUGCGUGACUGCAGAAUGAGUGUUGAAGGUGAGCCACGACGAAGAUAGAUUACGAGCGAGCGAGAGAGAGAGAGAGAGAGAGAGGUGGGUUUUUAUGCUCCUGCUGAAGUUUGGGCAUCGAGUAGAGCCAUGUUGCAGGAGUCCCUAGGAAAUUUCGAACUUCACGGUAGUCUUCAACCUAUUUGGGUGAGAGAAUGUAGUGCCCACGCAGAUGUUAGAGAAGAUGCUUUGCUUGACCUUAACUCUAUUCCCAAUCUCUUGAAACCCCCCUCCCUAACUGCCGCUGUAGGAUUAACCAAGGCUGCUGCAAGUUUUACUGGUGGCGGUUCUUGUGAUAGCGAGUCCUCUUCGGUAGGAAUGGACGAGUCAAUCUGCGGCGACCCCUCUUUAGCCGUCGACUGCACUCUUUCUCUCGGUUCGUCGGCUACGCAGCGAAUGGACAUCCCCGCACGCCUCUCUCGUGCGGGAUCUCCCGCCCAAGACCUUGUUUGGUCCCUCUCUGCGCGAUCGGAGCCAGCCGAUGCCCUCACGCGCCACACGUGCGAGCAAGACGUCAGCGAACAGGGCGUGUCGUGGGAUGUCAGCUCCAGUCGCAGCGAUCCCGAUGCCACUCCGGAGUACCAGCCGCAGAUGGCAGUCUCUGACAGAACGGCAAGCGGCGAGGACACCGUUCACAGAAGUGGAUCCAAGACAUGGGCGAAGCCCUGCGUUCCAACUAAUGACAGGGAUGAGGUGAACACCUCAAAAGGACAUCUCAGUAUGAUCGACGGCAGUGCGUACGACAGUCGACCUGGCCGACAAUCUUGGCUACCGAAUUUUUUGUCAUCGACUGGCCUUGCGUCUGAAGUUAAGGCCACCUCUAGAUUUGAGCGUUGCAUGCAACCGGAAGGAAUCAACUUUGUCCGAGUCUGUGCGCACUGUGGGACAUCGAAAACGCCGCUAUGGAGGAAUGGACCUCAAGGCCCCAAGUCGCUUUGUAACGCAUGUGGCAUUCGCUUUAAGAAAGCUGGCCGAAGAUCAGCCGCCAACGGCAGCUCGGAGUUGCAGGAUACCCCUCUAACCUCGGUGACGGCGGUUAAGGUGGAGAAUCCGAAGGCCGUCGAUGCUGACGUCGACCAUCAGCAAUGCUGGGAGUGUUCCCCAGAAGUCAAGCCCAGGAAGAGAAGUCGAGGAUCUUUUCUUCACCAGAGAGCGUCAGAAAGUUCCCUCUCAGGCGGCAGCUGUAUGACCUGGCAGUCCUGCCUCUUGACGUCGUCACCGAAGAACGUCGACUCUCGAGCAUCCCCCAUUGUAGGGAGCCGAGAGAAGAAGUUAGUGUUCAGGAAGGCUUUCUCCACAGAUGAGGAGGAAGGAGCUGAAUUGUUGAUGGCGCUCUCAUGCGGCAUGGUGUACACUUGAUUCUUUAUUUUGGUAGAAUUAGUUCAUUGUUUGGCUACGGCUCUAUUUUAUGUAGAACGUUUGUCCUGUCUGAUGCUUAUGAGAGAUACGUGCAACGUUUGGUCUUCAUUGACGCUUUGAUGCAGACCCAGACAUGUGCGUUGAUGCGUCGAGCAAGCAGACCUUGUAAAUAUCUAGAAAAUGGAGCCACGGGAAUUUAAACGUAGAGCUCACCUAGGUAUGUCGGUGGAACAUGUGUUUUUCAUUGCACUUAGAUCAUGGUGUUUUGCUCAUAUAUCUUGCAACUAGCUCUCCUACUUACCUUUCUGGAUAACGAGAGAUGCGGUUGCGGUGAAGCUCUUAUUGAGAAAAUAAAGUAGCAAAUUUUGCCGAUGUUUUUCAGCACCGA